AUGAGGUUCGUCGACUUCGCAAUCGACCUCGCCGCAGUGCUCAAUGCCUCGAGAGGCAUUGCUUCAAAGCAUGUCGCGCUCCGAGGUCGCCAACUCGAAACCUAUAGCCGAACGUCAAGCGUUGCGGCGGCGUUGAGGAAACGAAAUGCUCAGAGGAACUCCCCGGCUCAAGAGGCGGCACAGAAUGCUACGUGGGCAGGUGAUGAGGGCGCAUACGAGCAGGCUACACCAUCAGCACGACACACAGAACCUAUAGUCGAGACGCUGAAGGACCAACGAGAUGCUCGGCCUGAACCCACCAGCACCGAGCAAGCGCCUUUCAAUAGCCCAAUUCCUAAUCUCAGACCUAGCCCGCAGCAACAGGUCACGGCGGGCCCAGCGAAGACGGACGAUAUUGAUCUCCCGCCUGGUAUCGAUGUCAACGUCUUCCAUACAGCACGAGGCUCCAAGGUUUUAGAUUCUCUACGGAAGCAAGGGCCGCCUGGUGCACCACCUGUACGUCCUGAAGUUGGAGGACCCGUGAAAGAGCAUCCUAUGCGGAAUUGGCCUCCGCGCCCGUCACCACCCGGGGAGAGCUUUGAGGCGGCGACCGAGAAACCUCAGGAUCCCGUACGAAGGCAAAAAUUCCGGCCUGCACACCCCGGAGUCGGGGGGCCUGCGAAAGAACACCCUAUGCGGAAUUGGCCUCCACGCCCAUCGCCGCUUGAGGGCUUUGAAGCGGCGCCUGAGAAAACCCAGGAUCCUUUGCCAAAAACCGCGGGAUCUGCGGAGCCUGCAAAGAUUGUGGAGGAUAAGCCUACGUCUAAUAUCGAAACGCCACAGGAGCCCAUGAAACCCGUGGAAGAGACACGAGUGCCAGAGCCAGAAAAGGUUGCUCCUAUAGUUCCUGAAGCUGAUAAGAAGAUUGACCAAGAUGUCAUCCAAGCGGCAAAGGAGAUCGCUGGAGAUGCAGUGGUGCCGUCAGACACCCCAUACGCCCUAAGAGAGUCCAAGGUCCCUUCAUCACGUAUCAGCCGAAUUUGGAACUACAGUGGUCUGGCAGCAGGUAUGUUGGGAGGUGCUAUGACCGAAGGCUUCAGCCGAGCUUUCGGUGGUGGCGGAGAGGGAUCUGUUCUUUUGAGCGAGAAGAACAUGGAGCGUCUAGUCGCAAAACUCUCACGUAUGCGUGGUGCUGCUCUGAAGCUCGGUCAGAUGAUGAGUUUUCAGGACACCAAGAUGCUUCCUGCUCCUAUUCAACAGGUUCUUCAGCGCGUCCAGGACCGUGCUGAUUACAUGCCCGCUUGGCAGCGUGAUCGAGUUCUUGUCGCAAACCUCGGCGCUGAAUGGAGAGAGCUGUUUAGUGAUUUCGAAGAGAAGCCCAUUGCUGCAGCUUCUAUCGGACAAGUUCACAAGGCCACCCUGAAGAACGGCAAGCGGGUAGCUGUCAAGAUCCAGUUCCCUGGUGUCGCCGACUCAAUCAACUCUGAUCUUGACAACCUCAGCAUUCUGCUCACAGCAACCAAGCUUCUCCCCAGAGGCCUGUACCUCAACAAGACUAUUGACAAUGCACGAUUGGAACUUGGCUGGGAAUGUGACUAUGAGCGCGAGCUCCAGUGCGCACAACGCUACAAGGAGCUCCUUGGUUCAAGCGAGAAAGAUGUCUUCAUGGUACCAACCGUUUAUCCCGAGGCAUCGGGCAAGCAGGUUCUUACCAUGGACUUUAUGGACGGCAUUGGCGUGACUCGCAUCACCUCUUUUACUCAGGAGCAGCGCGAUUGGAUUGGCACGCAGAUUCUGCGACUGUGUCUCCGCGAGAUCACUGAGUUUCGUUUCAUGCAGACAGAUCCCAACUGGACGAACUUCCUCUACAAUACAGACCUCAACAUGCUCGAGUUGCUCGACUUUGGAGCUUCUCGCGAGUAUCCCGAUAAGUUCGUUACGCAAUACGUGCAGCUUCUCGCUGCGGCGUCGCGCUCUGACAAGGCUGCCGUAAAGGAGCUGUCCGAGAGCCUCGGAUACUUGACAGGCCACGAGAGCCGCACCAUGGUCGAAGCACACACAAAAUCCGUUCUCACACUCGCCGAGCCUUUCCUCGCCAGCGCACCGGACGUCUACGAUUUCAAGGACCAGACCAUUACAGAGCGAGUCAAGGCUCUUAUUCCCGUGAUGCUUCAUGAGCGUCUGGCGCCUCCACCUGAGGAGACAUAUAGUCUGCAUCGCAAGCUCAGCGGUGCGUUCCUUUUGUGUGCGAAGUUGGGUAGCAAGGUGCCUUGCAAGGUGAUGUUUGAAGAGGCUCUUGCCAAGGGAGGAUACAGUAGAUGA